GAAGUUUGGGCUGGCCGCCCCCAGGAGGCGGUAGCCUCCUCUGUAAAAAUGGCCUGCUGCGGCUGAGUGGGAGGAUCCUGGCUUAGCUACAGAGCCCGCGGGUGGGUGUCUGUAAUUGAAUGAGGGAGGAGAUAGAGAAGAGAAGCAGCCUAGCACCUAGCCAGUCAGCGGAAAUCCCAAAAGAAAACACAGAGGACUACCCUCUGCAAUAGCUGCGGCUCCUUGUUCGUACGCGCUGAUUUACCAGGCCAGCUCUGCCCACAGCAAUCUGCAGCAAUGGGCGUGGAAGGCUGCACCAAGUGCAUCAAAUACCUGCUUUUUGUCUUUAAUUUUGUCUUUUGGCUUGCAGGAGGAAUCAUUCUUGGUGUGGCACUCUGGCUCCGUCAUGAUUCGCAGACCACAAAUAUCCUGUACUUGCAUCUAGGUGACAAGCAGGCCCCUAAUACAUUCUAUAUCGGGAUCUACAUCCUGAUUGCUGUUGGUGCAGUGAUGAUGUUUGUGGGGUUCCUGGGAUGCUAUGGUGCUAUCCAGGAGUCCCAGUGCCUUCUGGGAACGUUCUUCACUUGCCUGGUGAUCCUGUUUGCUUGUGAAGUGGCAGCUGGAAUCUGGGGAUUCGUCAAUAAAGACCUGGUUGCCAAAGACGUGAAGCAGUUCUACGACCAAGCAUUGCAACAAGCGUUGCAACAAGACCUGUCAGAUUCUGAUGCAACUAAUGCAAAAACUGUGGUGAAGACCUUCCAUGAAACGCUGGAUUGCUGCGGUGCAAACACCAUGAUGGCCAUAGGCGCCUCAUUCAUCAAGAAUGAUCUCUGUCCAAAGGAAAAAACCUUGUUGGAAACUCUUGCCCAGGGUCACCUGCCCCAGGAUUGUCAUAAGAAAAUUGAUGAGCUGUUCUCAGAGAAGUUGUACCUGAUUGGUAUUGCAGCCAUCGUGGUAGCUGUGAUCAUGAUCUUCGAAAUGAUCCUGAGCAUGAUACUGUGCUGUGGCAUAAGGAAUAGCACCGUGUAUUGAGAAGUGGAGAGUUGGGGGGGAAGGUUGGAGAUGACCGUGCAAAAGGGACCCCAAGUGCCACCAAGUGACCAGGAGACAUUUCAACAAAAGACAAAGAAAACUAUGUAUAUAAAUACUUCCAAUAUUACCAUACAGUACUUAUCAUUGUUACUUUAAACUACUUUUUUUUUUUU